AUGUUCAGCCGCAGCUCGCGGAAAAGACUGUCCAGCCGCUCGUUGACCGGACUGGGGCGGAUAGAGAGAGGCCAGCCAUGUAACGCCUGUGGUGACCAGUGUCCUGGGUUCGCCUUGCAUAAAUGGAGGAAGAUCUGCCUGCACUGCAAGUGUCCCCAGGAGGAGCACAUGGUGACGGUGAUGCCCCUGGAGAUGGAGAAGACCAUCAGCAAACUCAUGUUCGACUUCCAGAGGAACUCCACGUCGGACGACGACUCAGGCUGCGCCCUGGAGGAGUACGCCUGGGUGCCCCCGGGGCUGAAGCCCGAGCAGGUGCACCAAUAUUACAGCUGCCUGCCAGAAGAGAAAGUCCCCUAUGUCAACAGCCCCGGAGAGAAACUGCGAAUCAAGCAGCUGCUGCACCAGCUCCCGCCACAUGACAACGAGGUUCGAUACUGCAACUCCCUGGAUGAGGAGGAGAAGAGGGAGCUUAAGUUGUUCAGCAACCAGAGGAAACGUGAAAACCUGGGCAGAGGGAAUGUCAGGCCCUUCCCUGUCACUAUGACAGGGGCCAUUUGUGAGCAGUGCGGAGGCCAGAUUAAUGGCGGGGACAUCGCCGUGUUCGCCUCGCGCGCCGGCCACGGGGUUUGCUGGCACCCGCCAUGCUUCAUCUGCACCGUCUGCAACGAGCUCCUGGUGGAUCUGAUCUACUUCUACCAAGACGGGAAGAUCUACUGCGGCCGGCACCAUGCCGAGUGCCUGAAGCCACGCUGUGCAGCCUGCGAUGAGAUCAUCUUUGCAGAUGAAUGCACGGAAGCAGAGGGGCGGCACUGGCACAUGAAACACUUUUGCUGCUUCGAGUGCGAGACGGUGCUGGGCGGCCAGCGCUACAUCAUGAAGGAGGGGAGGCCCUACUGUUGCCACUGCUUCGAGUCCUUGUAUGCGGAAUAUUGUGACACCUGUGCCCAACAUAUAGGGAUCGACCAAGGUCAGAUGACCUACGACGGGCAGCACUGGCACGCCACCGAGACCUGUUUCUGCUGUGCUCACUGCAAGAAGUCCCUCCUGGGGCGGCCAUUCCUCCCGAAGCAGGGCCAGAUCUUCUGCUCCAGGGCCUGCAGCGCCGGGGAGGACCCCAACGGCUCCGACUCGUCGGAUUCCGCCUUCCAGAACGCCCGAGCCAAGGAGUCCCGGCGCAGCGCCAAGAUCGGCAAGAAUAAGGGCAAGACGGAGGAGGCCAUGCUGAACCAGCACAGCCAGCUGCAGGUGAGCUCCAACCGGCUGUCGGCCGACGUGGACCCCCUGUCGCUGCAGAUGGACCUGCUCAGCCUGUCCAGCCAGACGCCCAGCCUCAACCGGGACCCCAUUUGGAGGAGCCGAGAUGAGCCCUACCAUUACGGGAACAAGAUGGAGCAGAACCAGGCCCAGAGCCCCUUGCAGCUGCUGAGCCAGUGCAACAUCAGGACUUCCUACAGUCCGGGGGGACAGGCGGCCGGCGCCCAGCCCGACAUGUGGCCCAAGCACUUCAACAACCCCAAGAGGAGCUCGUCCAUGGCCAUGAAGGGACACGGCGGCAGCUUCAUCAAGGACUGCCGGGAGGACUAUUACCCAGGGAGGCUCAGGUCCCAGGAGAGCUACAGUGACAUGUCCAGUCAAAGCUUCAGUGAGCCCCGAGGCAGCAUCCAAGUCCCCAAGUACGAGGAGGAGGAAGAGGAGGAGGAGGAGGAGGAGGGCGGCGGCGGCCUGUCGGCGCAGCAGUGUCGGCCCCGCCAUCCCAUCAGCUCCCUGAAGUACACGGAGGACAUGACGCCCACCGAGCAGACCCCCCGCGGCUCCAUGGAGUCCCUAGCCCUGUCCAACGCCACAGGCCUCUCUGCCGAAGGUGGCGCCAAACGCCAGGAGCACCUGUCCCGGUUUUCCAUGCCCGACCUCAGCAAGGACUCGGGCAUGAACGUGUCGGAGAAGCUGAGCAACAUGGGCACGCUCAACUCGUCCAUGCAGUUCCGCAGCGCAGAGUCGGUGCGCAGCCUGCUGUCCGCCCAGCAGUACCAGGAGAUGGAGGGCAGCCUCCACCAGCUCGGCAACCCCAUCGGGUACCGAGACCUGCAGUCCCACGGGAGGAUGCACCAGAGCUUCGACUUCGAUGGCGGCCUCGCGGGCAGCAAGCUGGCGGGCCAGGACGCGGUGCGGGCGCAGCCCCUGAGCGAACGCACCCGCAGGAGGACUACCCCGCGCGACGACCACCGGCGCUUCCGUCCCCACCGCUCCCGGCGAUCCCGCCGCUCCCGCUCGGACAACGCCCUCCACCUGGCCAGCGACCGCGAGGCCAUGUCGCGAUUGAAAGAAAGGCCCUCCCUGAGAGCCCGCGAGGACUACGACCAGUUCGUGCGCCAGCGGAGCUUCCAGGAGAGCCUGGGGCAGGGGCCCCGGAGGGACCUGUACGGCCAGUGCCCGAGGACUGUCUCGGACCUGGCUUUGCAGAAUGCGUUUGGGGAGCGCUGGGGACCCUACUUCACCGAGUACGACUGGUGUUCCACCUGCUCCUCAUCCUCCGAGUCUGACAACGAGGGCUACUUCCUAGGAGAACCCAUCCCCCAGCCAGCCCGCCUGCGGUAUGUCACCAGUGACGAGCUGCUGCACAAAUACAGCUCCUACGGCGGCGUCCCCAAAUCCUCCUCCACGUUGGGGGGCAGAGGACAGCUGCAUAGCAGGAAAAGACAGAAGAGCAAAAACUGUAUCAUUUCGUAA